AUGACGUGUUUCUUUGCUGUUCUCACCCUGCUGUACCUGCAGCCCUCCACGCGGGUUUUCUCUGCCCCGAUCUGUGCCCUGGGGCAGACUGGAUGCCGUGCUCCUUCUCUUGUAGAACUCUUCAUCGGGGUCAUACAGCGGUCCUUAAGAAUGCACGGCAUCUCCAGUGAUCUGCACUGUGAGUUUGUGAGUUCUUUUAUUUCCACUCUGACCCUCGUAGGAAAACAGAGGUGCCACACAUAUUUCAAACUCACACCAGGCGAUAAGGAGGAUGCACAAAGUUCCAGGGAACAAUUGUGAGAGUUGAUCCCGAGGCAGCUUGGGUGGGGUGACCCCCCACCCCUCGCUCAACUCCACCGGAGCAUGUCCCAGGAGCCGAAUAACGACUUCAACCAUGAGAUCAGGGACAUGGUGCAUGAUCUGAGGGAGGGGGCAGCAAUAAUGGCUGAAAAGGUAACAGUGCACUUACUUUUCGGCUGGUUGGGAGAGCUUGUUCACAGUGUGGGUUAUAUCUCUCCUGGGAGUCUGGUCCCUUCUUCGGCCUCCUCCUUCCUCAAACAAGGAGAACUCAACUCAAUGGACCAUCGGCACCUCCUCGACUCCAACAAAGUAAAAGAUCAUCUGGACUGGAGUGUUAGUGAUAUUGAAGCGGUGUAUCGUUACAUUGGUCUGGAAUAG